AUGUUUGAUACUUUCCACAUAGACGUCGAUAAGGAGUCUCAGCUCGGUUUCAAUACUCGACAAAUCCAUGCCGGGGCAACGCCAGAUCCAACAACCAAAGCACGAGGUGUUCCAAUCUACGCUACUGCAUCGUACGUCUUUACUAGUAGCAGCCAUGCUCGCAGAGUGUGUAACAACGAAGAGGACGGCUACGUCUAUUCGCGUAUUUCCAAUCCAACGGUUGAGGUGCUAGAAAAGCGAGUAGCUAGCUUGGAAGGUGGCUCGGCAGUAGUCGGCUGUUUGUCGGGCCAGUCAGCCAUCUUCCAAACAAUCCUCUGUUUGGUUGGCACAGGCGAGAAUAUCGUAUCUUCCACGAGUCUGUAUGGAGGUACCUACAGUCUCUUCAAGUCUCUUCUACCACGUCUUGGUAUCAUGGUGCAAUGGGUCCACGACGACGAUGCGGAAUGCUUCCGUAAGCUUAUCAACGAUAAACCACGCUUGUGCUACGUUGAAACCGUUGGUAAUCCCAAAAUCAGUAUUCCAGACUUGUCUGGUAUUGCACAGAUUGCUCACAGCUAUGGUAUCCCCUUAGUAGUGGACAAAACAUUUGGAGCGGGAGGUUUCUGGUGCCCAGUCAUUCAGCAUGGAGCAGACAUCGUCAUCCAUUCUGCUACUAAGUGGCUUGGAGGUCAUGGAACAACACUAGGUGGUGUCGUCGUUGAUUCUGGGAAAUUUGACUGGGAGGCAUCCAAGGACAAGUAUCGAGUGCUGACCACAAAGUCUGAAGGUCCCAUCAGUGCCUCGUAUUCUUCUGCAUUCGGCAAUUUCGCUUUUGCCAUGGCACUGAGAAUAGAAGGUGUCAUGAAAAUCGGUUCUGUUAUGAAUCCCUUUGCCGCUCAUCAGCUACUCAUUGGAAUUGAAACACCCAGCUUGAGAUGCGAGCGAAUCGCAUCAAACGCGUUCCAGAUCGCAACUGCUCUAGCGGCAAGCCCUCAUAUCGCCUGGGUAUCUUAUCCAGGUCUCGAAACUGAUCCCUAUCACUCGAGAGCUAACAAAUAUCUUCGUCGUGGCUAUGGUGGCGUGCUGUCAUUUGGCCUACAGGGUGGUUUGAAGGCAAGCGAGAGUUUUAUAGAUUCUCUUACCCUCGUAUCCAAUAUGACAAACAUUGGUGACUGCAAAACAAUGGCGACACGUCCCUGGAGCUCGACACAUUCUAUCAUGUCUGAAGAAGACCGCCUAAACGCAGGCAUUUCCGAGGACUUAAUCCGCUUGUCGGUGGGAGUCGAGGACAUCGAGGAUGUGUUGGGUCAGUUUGAAAAAGCCUUUCAAGCGAUAGAUGGUGAGGAACCAAGAGAUGGGACUAAGAAAGUGUAG